GAAAUAAUUCUUUCCCACGAUUCCCACCCCUAGAAUCUCCUUUGUCAAGACUCCCGUCUUGCUCUCUUCAACCACUUGUUGUUGUUGUUGAUGUCGUUGCUUUCCGAAACCUACCUGCAACCAAGCCAUUACCACCCAGCGACGACGCUGAGCGCUUCGCGUUGACCCAGCGUAGCACUGUGACGUCGGCUGGUCAGACAUCGAGAACUAAAUCGUGCCAUCUUGUGACAGCCUCAGCGACUCGCUCUGACCGGAAACAACACCCACGCGCCGACGACCAGUACCGUAUAAUACUGUCCGAUUUUCCUCCGACCGCAGCUUCUCCAUGUGCUGGGUCUAGCCGUCUUUCCUCCGCGUCACGAUGCUCUCCGCGACAUCAUAGAGCUGCGAACAAUGGAGUUCUCGAAUCCCUUUGCCGAUACGGCUCCGCGCCGCAACUUUACGGCUCCUAUGGGCUCUCAGAUCCAGAGACCGUCUACAUCAGCAGGAGAAACAAGCCAUGCCCUAGUCGAUACGCUCUACAGUCACCCUUCCGUCAAAAUCAUAUCCUUUACUGCUGGGAACCGGCCCCCGACCCUCGGUCCCACUCCUCCUAAUACCCCUACCAGCGUCGAGCCAGGCUCUCUGCCGUGGUCUUCCCAUCUGGAGAGGACCAUUGCAGUCGGACACUUCAGAAUAUACCGUGCCCCUGGCUCGAUAACCUUCCUCAACUGCGGUUCUGCCCUCCAACCGAUAUUUCCAAAAAGCCAGGCUUGGUGUGUUGAUGAGGACUCGAGCAAAUUCAUUCUACAAAUCCGGAGGCCCCAGUACUGGCGCAUCGAGGUGCCUGUUGACGACCCGGAGGAUGUACGACGCGCGCAGCUUCUGCGUGAGGUUUUCGACCAAAUCCUACAAUUCGAAAAGACUGAAUGCCCUUUUCAGCGAUCCUUUACCGUCGAGCUACCCGAACGUCCGCAGACGCCGGUUAUCAAGAAACCGUGGACUCCUGCUAGGAGAUCUAGUGAAUCCAUCAUUCCCACCCCGGUCAGCGCGAUCACGAUACCCGCCCAGAUUGCCCGUGUACACCGAGGUCCGCCUAAAGAUGACACCAUCAGAGUGCGCAAGAGAAGAGCGACUGGUACCACAAGCCAGUCAACCUUACCCACCAGCGAUGAUCUGUUUAGAAUACAGGAGCAUAACAUCGUUUCGGUACCCGACAUUACACUCUCAAGUCAGCCCGAGGAGGAACCACAGCAGCCAGAGUCGUUGUCUUCGCGGAAUUUCACAAGGACCCCUCUCAUACCAAGCGGCCAGCAAACUAGUCAUUCUGUUGCCGCACCCCCGCAACUAACGUUGGUCACUGCAUCGCACUCUACUGAGCCAUCCAUAUAUCAACUGGACGGCCAUGCGCCAGAAAUACCCGGAUCACUGUCUUCGGUAACCUCCCGCGACUCUUUCUACAGUACAUCGGAUACCAGCCCGGUAGCAAUUGAUCGAAGCGCCACCUCCAGCUCGACAUUUCACGGCACAGCUCCCUCGUCUACCCAUGACACCGAUUCUCCAUGUAGCCCAACAACAACAGGACUAAUAUUAGUUACUCCGUCGCCCAACGCAUCACCGACUUCCCGUUCCCGAUCUCCCUCCGUCAGCAGUCGUCGCUCUCUCAUCCGCGGCCGCCCAACAACAAGCAGCAGCAUAUCCCCCAGUAGGAGAGCGCUUUCACCCCUACCACGUGCUGCGGAUUUGUUUGCGCCUCGUCGAAGGGCGCCCUCUACCAGCAAGCUCGAAGUAGUGCGCAAGCUACCCAUGACGGUCAUCAAUAAAUCCUUCGAAAUCUUGAUGGCGCCUCCCACUCACUUGAUGAGCCUCAUGCUCACCGUUGCGGCGCGCAUCACCGCUGGACAAAAGAGCGGCGCGGUCUUGGGAUCCGGCGAGGGAGGCGAGAGGAUACCCGUGCAGUGGGAUCUUUCGGACGAAACGGAGGACACCAGCAGUUUCCCCCAACGGAAAUCGUCAGCAGCGACAACGCUGUUUUCAUCAGUGAGAAGGUGGAGUGUCUCUCAUGUGAGUAAUGAUGACGACCACCUGCCCCCGCAUAUGCGCGGGCGGGAAAGGGGGAUGAGCUUGAAGAUGGCGGGGAGUUUCCCGGAAUCGGAUGAGGAGGGCGAGCACGACGAUGGCGAUGGCGGCAGCACUUCGGAUUCCUCACAUGGUUCUCAUGAGCCCACAGCUCGACGAAACGGUGCUCUCAAAGCCGACGAUGGGUCGAGGCUCGAUGGUGCCGGGAUUGGAGGACCAGAAGACGAUCCCCAGUUCGAUUGGAACCAGAGCAUGGGAGUGGAUUAAAUGGUGUGCUUACGUGGAGGUUCGGCAUCUUGCGAUUGCUUUGAAUAAGAUGGAGCUAUAUCUAGCAACCAAACCCCCCUCAGCCCACACAAUUGUGGAAAGGGUUGUUGUACCUGUACCAAUACUGCUUUGUUCCUAUAAUUCGGUGUUUUAAUGGAGAGGGAAAGGGAGGGGGGCGUUUUCAGGGAACCUGGGUAUGCAUGGGAUAGAUAGAUACCCUGUUUCGAUGUCCCUCUCAAUAGGUGGUGGAUAUUAAGGCUCAGGCAGUUUAAAAGUGGGGAGAGGGGGAUCAAAGGUUGAGGCCAAGACCACGGGAGAGGUAGAGAAGCAGUGUGUUUGGAUACCCGGACGUAGGUGAAGCGAAAGGUAUCACCGUCUAGGAGCAAAGAGGGAGCAGCCCUGCCAUAAGCUCAGGUUAAAUGGCGUGCUAGUCUGUGACAUGUAAGUCAUGGAAAACCAUACUACUAGCUAGAAAGAAAUCAGCGCGAUAAUGGCGCCAUUGCAUAGUCGAAAAGUAUCGUAUUUCGGUUUAGUUUGCAGCUUUGAAAGGCCGGCAUCAUAUAUG